AUGGAUAGUCUGCAGCCCCAUCCACCCUUUCGUUCAUUCAGCACUGCGUCUAGCGGGUCGCUAAAUUCCAGUUCGACCAAUAUUACUAGAAUUGCUUCUGGUCCCUUACAAGCCAUGAAUAUGAAUUUCAAUAAGGCCAGUUCGCCCGAAGAUCAUAUGUUUUUCCAAUGUGUUUCGAUUUUGCGGGAUAUAUCAAAGAUUGAAGGAAUGGAGGAGUAUUUGAGUUUGGCAUUAGCCGCCGCAGAAGAUUUGGUUGAACAACAGUCGUUAUCAUCAUCACAACAAUUCAAUCCAGAUGAACUAUUGAAUAAUGAACAUCGAGGUUCGAUUAGUUCGAAUGGAUUUUCCAUGCAUUCUGAUUUAUCAUCAAAUUCUCAAUUACUCCUGUCUUCAUCUUCAACAACAAUCAAUAAUAAUAAUAGUAAUAACAAUAAUGGUGCGAUAAACCUAAGGAAUAAUAAUAAAUUAAUACCAACAUUCAGUGUUGGACAAUUACCUUCCACCAUGAAGGUUGAUCCAGUAACUCAAUUAUCAGAAUUAUUCAAAUUAGGAGCUCCCCUCUGUCUAAUAUUUAACUCGAUUAAUAGUGAAAAUCAAAUUCCAAUUCACUAUGAAGAUAUUGAUCGAGCUAAGAAAAAAUUGAUUUUUGAUUUUCUUUGUGGUAUUAAAAUUCAUUUAAACUUUGAUGAUGAUUUAUUAUUCCCAGUAACGGAUGUUACUUCAGAUGAUACUCAUGGGUUAUUAAGAGUAAUUAAAGUUGUUAAGAAAUUAUUAAAUAUGAAAAAGGAGUCGAAAUCAUUAAGUCCUUUGGAUCCUGGUUCUACCAUUGGUCUGGCUGAAUUUGAGCUUGAUCCAAUUCCUGGAUUAAGUGAAUUAACUAUAACUGAUGAUCGCUCAAAAGUUUUUAAAGAAAUUAUUGAAACUGAACGUAAAUACGUUCAAGAUUUAGAAUUAUUAUUUCAGUAUAAAGAAGAAGUCAAAGAAGCUGAAUUAAUUUCAAGUGAACAAAUUCAUGUUCUUUUCCCCAAUUUAAAUGAUAUUAUCGAUUUCCAAAGAAGAUUUUUAAAUGGUCUUGAAUGUAAUAUAAACGUUCCAACGAAAUUUCAAAGAAUUGGUUCAGUUUUCAUUCAUGCUGCAAAUGGUCCUUUCAAAGCUUAUGAACCUUGGACUAUUGGUCAAUUAUCGGCAAUUGAUUUAAUUAAUAAAGAAUCUUCAAAUUUGAAAAAAUCUUCCACUCUUCUAGAUCCGGGAUUUGAAUUACAAUCUUAUAUUAUCAAACCAAUUCAAAGAUUAUGUAAAUAUCCUUUAUUAUUAAAAGAAUUAAUCAAAAAUUCUUCGGAUAAUGGUUCAAAUAGUUUUGAACCCGCUACUUAUUAUAAUGAAUUAUUAAUGGCUCAUCAAGCAAUGAAAGAAGUAGCUAAUCAAGUUAAUGAAGCUCAAAGAAGAGCAGAAAAUGUGGGUUAUUUACAAAGUUUAGUCGAAAGAGUUAGUAAUUGGAGAGGCUUUAGUUUACGUGAUCAAGGUGAAUUAUUAUAUCAUGGAGUUGUUGGAGUUAAAGAUGCUGAAUAUGAAAAAGAAUACGCUGCUUAUCUUUUUGAACGAAUUAUUUUUUUCUUUAUUGAAAAUAAUGUAAAUGAUUCAAAAGAUAAAUCAAAAGAUAAAAAGAAACGAGAAUUAUUAACAACUCGUAAAAAAUCAUCUAGUUCAGUUAGUUCCUCAACUGCAAAUUUAUUAGAAUCAUUAAAUUCUGCCAAAGAUAAAUCUUCUUUAGAUUUAAAAGGUAGAGUUUAUAUUAGUGAAAUUUAUAAUAUUUUCCCAUCAAAUUCUCAAGGUUAUACCUUAUUAAUAUCUUGGUCUGGUAAAAAGGAAAGUGGUACUUUUACUUUACGUUAUAGAACCGAAGAAAGUAGAAAUCAAUGGGAAAAUUGUUUGAGAAAUUUGAAAACAAAUGAAAUGAAUACUCAAAUUCAUAGAAAAUUGAGAGAUUCUCAUGCUUCAAUGGCAACUACAGAUUCCUAUGAUGUAACUGAUGCUUAUGGUAAUGUUUCUCCUCAUUCUAUUCCUCAAGGUACUCCAAUAAAUUACCCCAAUGGUAUUCAAAAUGGUUCUAGCAGUGGCGGUAAUAGUAAUUCUAAUAUAAAUGAUAAUAUUUCUUUUAGAUCUUCAAACGGCCUGUUUCAUCGUCAUCAUUCUCUGUCUUCUACCUUAAGUAUGAUGAGACAAACUAGAUCAAAAUCAACUUCUGAACAUCCUUCUUCUUCUGGUUCUAGAAUAUCAACCAACUCAAAUAGUGGUUCUUUCACUACUAAUAACACUUACAUCGGUGCUGGCAAUGAUAGUUCUUUCCUGUCUCAAGGUUCUGGUUCAAGCUCGGGUAUUUCAAUCGAACUAAAAUUGAUUUAUAAUAAAAUUGAAAUUGCUAAUGAAAUCUCAGUGCCUUCCACUAUUCAAUUUUCCGAUUUACAUCUGAAGAUUUCUUCCACUAUUGCUUCUAGUGACGAAAUUAAUGAUGAUAUUUUAGUCAGUAAGCUAAAAUAUAAAGAUGAAGAUGGUGAUUUUGUUAUGAUGGAUUCUAAUGACGAUUGGAAUUUAGCAGUCGAUAUGUUGGAAGAAUUGAAUGAUUUACGUGAUAACAAUUCUAAUGAACGUCAUUUGACGAUAUGGGUAUCAUGA